AACUGAUUCCAAAAAAAGAUGUCGUCGCACGCUGUUGGUUAGAUAGAAGAAUCGAUCUAUCUCUCUCUCAAAGUGGAGGCUGGUGAUUCCUUAAUCACGCUUUACCUUUGUCACGAUCCGAGAUCUAUAAGACUACUCGUCAAGCUCCGGAAAAUUCUGAUCUAUCUAUCCUUUGCUGAUUUGAUUCACUUACACAACAAUGGACCGUAUAGUAGUACAUGAGAACGAAUCUUCGAAAGAGACACAAACGUCGCUUAUAAGCGGAGUCCCUGACGACAUCUUGAAUCUCUGCUUAGCCAGAGUUCCAAGAGAACACCACAUGGCGAUGAAAUGCGUUUCCAGGAGAUGGAGAGAUUCCAUCUGCAGUGAUGGCUUCUGCGACUAUCGCAAUAAGUCUAACCUGGCUGAAUCUUGGAUCUACGCCUUGUGCCGCCACACAUCAGGCCGUGUCUACUUGCACGUGCUGAUUCCUUCGAGAAGGUCAUGGAGAAGAGUCAAUCAGAUUCCUCGGCAUAUCACUUUUAGAGACGGUAUGGGUUUCGCAGUGUUGGGUAAGAGACUGUUUGUGUUGGGUGGGUGUGGCUGGGUGGAAGAUGCUAGUGAUGAUGUUUAUUGCUAUGAUGCUGCUAUGAACACUUGGCUUCACUUACUCCCUCCUCUCUCAACUAAAAGAUGCUUCUUUGCUUGUGAGACGCUGGGUGAGAAAGUCAUGGCUAUUGGUGGGUUAGGUGUGAACUCAAGAGCUUCACAGACUUGGGACAUCUAUGAUCCUAUAACGAGAGCAUGUGUAUCGUGUUCAGACGCGAAUAUUGUCCCUGAAAUCGAGGAUUCAUUUGUAAUGGAUGGGAAGGUUUAUGUUCGUGGUGGUGCUGGAUCUUAUGCUGCAGUCUAUGAUGGGUCUACCAAGGUUUGGGAACGAGUCGAUGAUGAUAUGGCAUCAGGAUGGCUAGGUCCAGCAGUUGUUGUAGGAGAUGAGGAUCUCUAUGUUUUGGAUCAGAGUUUUGGAGCUACGCUUACAAUGUGGUGCAAGGAGACGAGGAUGUGGAUCCGUAUAGGGAAGCUAUCUCAGUUGGUGAUGACGCAGCAAUGUCGGCUUGUUUGUGUUGGGAGUAAUAUCUUUGUGAUUGGUAAGGAUUGCUCUACUGUGGUGAUUGAUGUUGAGAAUGCGUGGAAGAAGACGAUGAAUGGAGUAAUGGUGUGCUCUUCUAUACCCAAGACUUGGGAUGAUCAUAUUUAUGUUAUUAGCUGUAAAUCUAUAGCUGUAUAAUGUUUUUUAACGCUCUACUGUUGAACCUUGCUAACUGUUUCUGUUGCUCAUCUAAAAUCACAAGCCUGUGUGAAUCA